ACUUGCUGGUUUAGAGACGUUACGCUCAGCCGUCACAAAUAUGUGCCACCUUUUUGGCUCCGGUGAUCAGAACACGGAAGAGGAUGGACUUGGCUUAUGUUUGAUCACCAGGCGUUGUGGUGUAUGUGCGGGCAGCACGGUAUAUGCGGACAAACAAAAGAGCACACAGCAAUGCGCACUGAGGGCGCAGUAAUAGUUCCGCCUACGGGCUGUUUAAACUGGAGUUCGGUGGCGGCCAGUCAGCCAGUGAUAGGUCACAUGUUGCAGCGUCAUUGUGUAGUAAAGUUACUGUAGUUGCGAGAGGCUCCUCAUUUCGGCUCCGGAGUGUUCUCUCCCUCUCUCUCUCUCUCUCUCUCUCUCUCUCCUUCUAUUGCUCCCUCAUCCAGUGGUGCUGUGUGUGCCGCUGUGGCGUUUCAGCAUGCGACAACUUCAGUUUCAGGCGAUCUCCACUGGAGCCGUGCAGCCAUGGGAGUGCAUUACCUCAGCCAUGCAAUUUCCACCAUCAAUAAUUUAAUCUAUUUGCUCCAAAAGCAGAAGAGAGAGAUAUCCUGAAGCUUGUUGGUGGUUCCGAGAGAGGGAAAAUAUCGCUUAAAGUCCAAUUUACUCAGGGAGUUGUCCAACUCAUCCCAGAUGACACCCCUGUCCUGUUGAAUGGUCUGUUUUACGACUGGACAGUGAAAGUUCCACCAGGUUAGAAGAGUGAUGACCAUCCUGUUCCUUACUAUGGUUAUUUCAUACUUCAGUUGCAUGAGAGCUGUGCCCCUGAGAGACGCCCCGGGCAUGCGGGGCCAUCGGACGGAAGGCUACUUGGGCGCUGCUGCUGCGACAGCCGCCCGAGGCCAUGGGACUCCACAGAGUGGUGGUGGGCCAGGCCAGCGUGGGGAACUGCCCUCACUCACAGACACAUUUGAGCAAGUGAUAGAAGAGCUGCUGGAGGUGGAGGGAGAGGCGGCACAGCUGGGACAGGGGGCUGAUAAGAGCCAGGGAGGUGGGGGCCCGUCCUCUGUGGUCACCGCAGAGAACAAGGAUGUCAACCUGUACGACUCGCGGGUGAUGAUCAGCAACCAAGUGCCUUUGGAGCCGCCCUUGCUCUUUCUGCUGGAGGAAUACAAAAACUAUCUGGACGCCGCUAACAUGUCCAUGAGGGUGCGGCGACACUCCGAUCCCUCACGACGUGGAGAGCUCAGUGUGUGUGACAGUAUUAGCCAGUGGGUGACAGCUGUGGAUAAAAAGACGGCAAUAGACAUGUCUGGGCAGACAGUUACCGUCAUGGAAAAGGUCCCUGUCCCCAAUGGCCAACUGAAGCAAUACUUUUAUGAGACCAAAUGCAACCCCAUGGGGUACACAAAGGACGGCUGCAGAGGAAUAGACAAGCGGCAUUACAAUUCCCAAUGCAGGACAACCCAGUCCUAUGUGCGAGCGCUUACCAUGGAUAGCAAAAAGAAGAUUGGCUGGCGGUUUAUAAGGAUAGACACUUCAUGUGUAUGCACAUUGACCAUUAAAAGAGGGAGAUAGUGUAUAAAAUGUAUAGAUUUUAUUGAAGAGUUUAAAAAAGAGAAUAAAGAGAAAAUAUCUAUUUGUAUAUAUACAUAACAGGGUAAAUUAUUCCGUCAAAUGAAAAUUUUAUGGACUGCAUGUAAAAAAAAGAUGAAGUUUAUACAGUAAAGGUGAUACUACAGUCUAUUUAUUGAACAUAUUCAUGACCUUGUAAACAAUUAAAAAAAAUCUGAUCAGUCAUUUGCGCCCAGUUUAAAUUACUGUAUCACAUUCCUCAAUACAUUGUGAAUUGUUUAAUGUUGCCAAGAAUUAUCAAGAAAGUGGAGGAGG